UGAGAGCUGGCAGCAGGAAACCAUGAUUUCCGGUCCGAGGAUUCAGAAGCCCAGACAUGGCUCACCGUCACACUUUCACUUACGGCCCCGAGGACUUCGUAUUUGAGGUGUGCCCGGCUAGUGGAGGCACUAGUCGAGCGGCGUCUAGGUUCGACAGGACCCUGAGGUCUACCUGGGCAGACAAGAUGAGCCGCGGGCUUUUCAGAUAUCGUUUAGGGGAUCUGGAGACCAAGGUUCUGCCGGGCGAGCUGGGAUAUGUCGCCCAGCUGAACAUUAAACGAGGCACCGAGAGACGGAAGCCUCAAGACGUCGCAAGCAUUCGGCAGAGCUUCGACCCCAGAUUGUUCAAUUUCAACAAAAUACACCCCGAGGAGCUGCUGUUUGACGUGCGUAAAGUUGAACCAGACGGCACGGCUGAGGUCGCAUGUGCGGCAAUCCUGAACGUUAGCCCCCUGGAGUUCGGGCAUUGCCUGCUGGUGCCCGAGCCCAUGCGCUGUCACCCCCAAAUCCUGACGCCCCGAGCCGUCCGGGUUGGAAUCGAGUCUGUCUUUCUUAGCGCUGAUCCAGGGUACCGAGUUGGCUUCAACAGUCUUGGUGCCUUUGCGUCUGUUAACCAUCUACACCUUCAUGGAUAUUACCUGGACCACGCGUUGAGAAUUGAAUGGGCCCCCGCCGAAUUAAUAGCCCCCGACAAGGGUCUGUACCGUCUGCGUUUCCCGAAUGGAUUCGUGUUUUACACCGAUGGCCGGGAUUUGCAUGCGACUGUGGCAAACAUCUGUAAAGUCACUGACGUUCUCGUCGAGAGAAAUAUUGCGCACAAUGUUUUCAUCACCCGAGGCUGCCCUCCCGACAGCGACGGUGUGCCAUCGGCGCAGCGACACGGGGUGCGCGUCUUGGUCUGGCCGCGAGUGGCCUCUUUUGGAGCCAAAGAAGAGUCCGCCUUCAACGUAGCCCUCUGUGAAUUGGCAGGGCACCUUCCGUUUAAAAACAGACAAGACUUUGAAAGCUUCACUGAGGGCGAGGUCAAGGCAAUGGUUCAGAAAUUUGUGCUUAACGAUGAAGAGUUUGUUGAAUUACAAAAACAGAUUGUUGAGAUCUUCUGAAGGAUGACCUACACGUUUUAGCUGUGUUUAGUAAUGGGUUCGAGAAGGAACCCCCUGCUGUUUCUAAGAAUUAUAUAGCUCUGUUACGGAAAGGAGAUGAUAACCAUGUUGACAGUGUAAAUAAACAAUGAAUUCAGCUUUCAUCUACGGAAUCAGUCUUUCCUAUCAUUGCUCUGUAAAUUUUGUAAGCACAGUUAUCUGGACCAUUGCCUAAAUGCAGCUUUUUAGAUGCAAGAGUAUUUCUCUGCUUAGUGAAAAUUUAAUGAGGUGCCCUAGAAAAGCAUUUUAGCUUAAUCCUUGCAAUUACUGUUAUUAGGAACAGUGAGGAGCACCUUCUAGUACAAUGAAAAAGCAUAACAGUGGUAAGACGGGUAUUAUUCUAUUCAGUGCCUCACAAUAUAAAGAACGUUCAGUGGAGAAAGGGCCAUUUAAUAUGUAUUUAUAUUUAUCUCUCUUUGUGGUAUUGAUUGUGCUUUUGUGAUCCAGUGUGGGUAAGCAUAAUCAGCUAUUUGUAACUAUAGAAAGCCAAAGUUCAGUAACUGAGCUGCUGCUAUUCAUUUUGUGAGUCUGUCAUUUAAAGAAAAAAAAAAAGCUACAAGCGUGUGUGGCUAUUUGGUAAUCUGUUGGAUAUAAAAGGAGCGGACUGUUACCUGCUAAGAUGAUGGUGGGUGCCAGGGUAAAGACAUGUAUUACACGUCCCACCAACCACAACAGACCAUAUAGAGCAGCAUCUCUAUGUUGGUCAUCUGCAAUCUUUGUUGGCCGUUGUUUUGUUAGGAAGGUUCAUCUUGGAAACGAGAGCCCGCACCCUGACCACAUGAUGUCUCUUAAAUUUACUGAAUGUAAAUCGGUGGCAUGCGUUGUAUAAAGCGGGUACGCUUUCUGAACACCUCCUUCAGCACACUCGUGGUUGUCCUCUGACGUUAGCUGGCUAAAGCAGCAUGUACACAGAUAGUGACGUUUUACUGGUAGUGCCAUAGCUGCUACAGGCCAUCACAGUAGAGAAAAUCUUACAUUUCCUUGGUCAGAUUUCAAUCGUUUGGCCAAUAGCCUUACAGAACUCUGUAGAAGGGCCACACAGGCACGCUAAUGAGCAAUGUUCGUUAGUCCGUGUCUAAAUGCAUCCUAUAGUAACCAAGGAUACGUCAAGUAGCCUAUAUGAAUGGGUUGUUGUUGUUGUUGUUGUUGUUGUUGUUUAUCUUCAUUUAUUUAUGAAAUCUUUUUUAUAUUAUUUUCCCAUCCACUUAUUUGUUAUGCCUUCUUUGAAGGGUGAGAAGGGCCUUACUGCACACCACUGUAAGUUGCCAGAAAACAUAAAACUGGUGUAAUGAUUUUACCUGGUGAACUUCAAUAUAACUGAACAAUGCAUUUCAACCUCAGUCUGGGGUGCUGUCUGCCAACUCGGCUGAAGCUUUCACCCAUGAACUCCAGGCCAUGCAGAAUAGCGUUGUGUGGUUUUAGAGAGCCUAUAACGUGGUAUGGCCAUGUGACAUUCUCCAGCUAGCUGCUUUAUUGAAAGCGGCCUGAGCUUUUGACGUCCUGCUGAACUGGAUGCUCGUACUCGGGCUGCUAAACACAGUCGGGGGACUCAUGAAGGUCGAGUUAAUUUGCUGAAGUUGCUCUACAAACCACCAAAACCUUGGUUCUUUUUUUCAAAAGUAUGAGAGUCCAUUUAUGUGUGACCUUAACUGUGUAACAGGUUCAUUAACUCUAUACUAUGUUCUCUAUGAAUUUUAGACUAGAUUUUGGAAAUGAUUUAAUGUUAAUGUGUUCUAGUGUGUUAAUAAAUGUAAACAUAAAUAUGAAA